ACAGUCUUGAAAAUAUUCGCGAACUAUGCGGUCGCAUUACGAUGAUUUCGCUGCUGGCGAAACAAAUAAAUUGAGUGGAAUUAAUACAACAAAUUAUAACAAUUAUAGUAGUAGUCUAAAUAAUAAUAGUAACAAUAGUAAUGGAGCGAUACCAUAUCACGCCCGUGAAAAUUCGCUGCCAUUCAGUUACGGACAGAUUAGUAAAACAUCAACGCCAUUGAGACCUACACAUACAAACGCAUCGUCGACGUCUACGUUGUCACGUCGUUCGCAUACAGCACUCGGUUUGGAUUACGGUUACGGUAAAACCACAAAUAAUCAACAGAAUAAUGAAUUACAUGGGAGUGGUAGUGGUAAUAGUGGUUUAAAAGAUGUCUAUUUUGAUUUGUUGACACAACAAAAUGAACGCGAUCGUGAACGUCAAAAAUUUUAUGGUGAUUUAAAUAAUCAUAAUAGUGAAAAGUAUAUGAAUGAAAGUUGUACACAAACAGUGAAAUAUAAUAAUCAAAGUGGUUACAAUAACAAUAGUAAUAAUAAUAAUUUUAAUAAUUUAAUAAAAACUGCGGAUGAAAUUGAUGCCAGUAUGAUAAAAUCCCAACCACGUCUUACUAGUCCUUUGCUGGUACGUAAAACUUUAAGCAAUGGCAAUAGCAACAACAUUAGUAGAUCACCUACGCGUUCCACAACCAACACUAUAGCAAAUACCUACCACUACAGUUUUGGUAAUAACAGCAACAAGAACGGCAGCUUUAUUGGAGACAACAACUUUGACAAGUUUGGCUUAAAUGGCAAUAACAACAAUAACGAUAACUAUGGCCGCCACAAAACAAUGUACGGUAGUGCAACUAAUACUAAUGGUGGUGUUGGUGGCAGCAGCAGUGGAGCUGGUGACAUACUCUUAGCAAAAACACCAGCUCGACAUGAUUUUGAUGAAUUGCUACGUGAGCGUCGUGAGAAGGUUUUCAAUGAAUAUCGCACCACAUCUACCACAACAUAUGAUUUGUCCAGUUCACCUAAGGUAUCGCCAGUGCCACCGCCCAGACGUUUUGCCAACGGUUCAGUACAAUUACCCUCUACUUUACCGCCUUCUCUAAGCAAUAAGUCGUCAUCAUCCUCCAUGUAUCCGCCACAGAUACCCAACCGUAGUCAGAGUCAAAAUAGCAAAUACAAUUAUGAUAUUGAAUUCAAUUUAAAUUUGAAUGAACGCUAUGAGGAUGAGGUUGACAAUGUUGAUAUAUUAAGGCGACGUACCAAUACCAUAGAUAGUUUACCACAACGUCAACAACAGUUGCAGCAGCAAUAUGGGCUGCACAAACAUCAGCAGCAGCAAGAGUUGUAUCAAACGCGCGACAUUCCAUUGGCGUCACCGUAUGUAGAACGUAAUUAUCACACAAUUAGUUCAUCAUCAACAGCAACAACAUCAAAUACACAUGCCAAGAACAGUAACAAUAACAACAACAGAGAAACUUUAAGUCCAACCUCAAUGCUUGACAUUUAUUCAACGCCUUAUGAUGAACGCAAUAACACAAAUAAGCAACGUUCAAAUAUGAUGAUGCAGCCUUUGGAGGCCACAACAGCAUCGCAAUCAACAACAACAGCAACAUUGCAACGUACACAACGUUCAACUGACUAUGCCACAUAUGGCAAUGGCAACAUGUAUGGUCAUGAGCACACCAAUCUUGGUCAAACAAUGACGGAUAGAGAAUCGUCACCUAUUUAUGCCACCAGCACGAAAAAGGUAACAACAUCAUCAACUCUCUCAACAGCUGCAGCAUCACCAACAUAUCGCCACAACGGCAAUAACAAUAAUAAUGGAACACUAACAGCUACAUCAACUACAACUUUGAGUAUGUCGGAUUAUCCCUCACCAUCGGCAGCACGCCCCGAAACCCCAGCGUUUCCUGUUACGCCGCGUACACCAUUUGCUGGUGGUGUUGCUAGCAGCAAUGGUUAUAACUCACAAACAACAACUCUUAGCAAACAAACAAAUGGCAGCUAUCAGCAACAUGUGCCGCAGCAACAUGUAUAUCAGCCCGCUAAUCUGGUGGAGCAGAACUAUUCUUCGGAAACUAUCUAUGGCAGCAACUAUAGACCGCGCCUUAAUUCUAGUCUAUCGAUGGCCAAUAGUGAGCCUCAAGAAGUGGCUGCUCAUUUGGUGAAAUUUGCUAAAGAUUCUUCGAAAUUCUGGUACAAACCAAACUUGUCACGCGAUGAAGCCAUUUCUCUGCUCAUCAAUGCUGCUCCGGGAACUUUUGUAAUCAGAGAUUCUACCACUUUUAGAAAUGCUUAUGGUUUGGUUUUGCGUGUGGCUCAGCCUCCACCGGGCUCGACCAGCACCGGCAAGCCAGAUGAAUUGGUACGCCACUUUCUUAUAGAACCUACUACCCGUGGUGUACGUUUAAAGGGUUGUGCAAAUGAACCGGUUUUCACUUCCCUCUCGGCCUUGGUUUACGAACAUUCUAUUAACCAAUUGGCCCUGCCUUGUCUAUUGCGUAUACCCGAGCGUGAUCUAGUGCCUCCCCUAGUGGAGCAUACACCAGCCCAAAAACAACUCUUAACCCAGGGAGCAGCCUGCAAUGUUUUAUGGCUGUUCUCUUGCGAUACCGAAUCUCUAACUGGCGAAGAAGCCAUACGCAAAGCUAUACGUCAACUGUAUGCCCUACCCGCUCCCCCCACUCCCACAGAGGUUCAUUUCAAAGUCACCCAACAGGGCAUUACCCUAACCGAUAAUACACGUAAGAAAUUCUUCCGUAAACACUAUACAGCCGAUAUUAUAUCAUACUGUGCUAUUGAUCCCGAUCAUCGUUUGUGGACCAUGCAGGAGCAUGGCAACGAUAAUACCACAGUUGUGGGUUCUCUUAAGAAAACCAUAUUUGCCUUUGUGGCUAGACGUUCAGCCAGUUCGAAAGAUAAUCAGUGUCAUAUAUUCUGUGAUUUGGCCAUUAAUCAACCGGCCUCGGCCAUCGUAUCGUUUGUUAAUAAAACUCUACCCACAGAGAAGCAAAAGAACUAUGUUCUUUGAGAACAUAGGGCGGAAAAGGAGAAAGAGGAGGGGUUAAAUUUUGUUAUUGGUCAUAGGAUUUGUUUAAAAGUAAAUGAUAAAGAAAUUAGAACUGGGAAUACGUUGGCAAUGUCGUCGAAAAAGAAACAUGUAACAUUUAAGUUGUAAACAAGAAAGGUAAAACAAACUUGAACAUUUUUUUAAGGAGAUUUUCAAAAUUAACGAAAGUUUUAUUAAAAGAUUUUUAAAAGUUUUUAUAGAAACCCCUCAGCUUUAAGUCGACUUAAAUUAUUUUCUUAAGGGCCCAAUAUAUUCCAAAGAUUUAUAUUAACAAAAUCUUUAAACAAUUGCAACAUUUUCCAACUGGAAUUGUAUUAAAAUGUUUGAACUUUGAUAAAGUUCCAUUAUAAUAAUGACCUUUAAUAUUGUUAAUUGUAAUCAGUUAUUUUUAACAUUUGAUUAACCGUUUGCCAUUUAUUAUUAUCGCAUAUAAUUUUUUUUGUUUUCUAUAUACAAUUAUUAUUUCGUUUAAAGCGUUUUUGCAUGCUUUGCGGUAGCUAUCAUUGAAUUUUAAUUUAACUAAAUUCUAAUUUUAGUUUAUUCAAUGUUUAAACUUGGAUUUUUUCCGCAAUUAAGUUUCCAUAUUUCUAGAAAAAAAAUUAGCAUUUAAUAACACGCUAAAAACAAAGAAAAACAAAAACAUUUUAAUUGGCAACACUUAUUAGGCUUUUAAAGUGAAACUUGUCAUUUUCUAACUGUUUGCAAAUAAUUUUCAAACAAAUUUUUAAGGUUUAAGUUUGAUUUGAUUAAAAUUCUCCAAAGUUUAGACUAGAGAAUUUCAAUUUGACUAAAAGUCGUAAAAACAACUUUUCAUAAAUUGCAAAAGUCAUCUUUUAGUGCUAGCUAUAGAACUCUUUUAUUUUGUAAAACGAAUUUCAAACAUUAGAUUUGUUUGUUGAUAAGGCGAUAAAUCGACUUUAUUUCGAAAUAAAUUUCUUAAUUGAAAGUCGAAAAAGUCAGAGAAUAGUCAAAACAAAAGGCAUUAAGUUGCUAUUGCAAACAGUAGGAAACUCGAAAAGGCGACCAUUUUCAUAUUACAAAAAGUCCAAAAUAGACUUUUUAUUUUAACUAUGGAAACCCUGUGUCACUGUCCAAUUGUCUUUUGGAAUAAAUCUCCUUAUUAAAAGUCUAAAAAGACCGAAAUAUGUCGAAAAGAGUAGAAAAAGUCGCUGAAUUGCAAGAAGAGAUAAAUUUGGAAAAGUCGACUUUUUUAAUAAAUUGCGUAAUUAAUAGUAGAAAAAGUUCGAAAAUUUAAAAAAAAUGUGUUAAAAUGCUUUUACAAAAAGUUGGCAUUUCAGAAAAGUCGAGUUUUCAUAUACAAUAUCAAAAUAGUGGAAAAGUAGACUUUUUGUUUCAACUUUGAAAAUCUACUGCAAUAAACCGAUGUAAGUCGAAAAAGUAGAAAAAAUCAACUUUUUAUAUUAUGCAAAAAGUCGUAGUCAUGACCUUUUGUUUCUCAUUCAACUUUGGAAACUUACUGCAAAAAAAUUCUUAAUUAAUAGUCAAAAAAGUUCGAAAAUAGCAGAAAAAAAGUCGUUAAGUUGUUAUUGCAAAAAGUUGUGAAUUCAGAAAAGUCGACUUUUCGAAAGAAAGACUUUUUGUUUCAACUUUGAAAAUCUACUGCAAUAAAGCGAUAAAAGUCGGACAAAAGCCGAAAAUAGUAGAAAAAACGCUCAAUUGCAAUUACAAGAAGUAAAAAAUUUAAAAAGUCGACUUUUUAUAUUAUGCAAAAAGUUGUAUAGAAGGCCUUUUGUUUCUGUUUCAACUUUGGAAACAAUACUGCAAUAAAACGAUUGAAGUCAAAAAAGUCCUACAUAAGUCCGAAAAUAAUACAAAGGUUGCUCAAUUACAAUUGUAAGAAGUAGAAAAUUUGAAAAGUCGACUUUUUAUAUUAUGCAAAAAGUCGUAUAGAAGACUUUUUGUUUCUGUAAACUGUAAAUAGAAACAAAAUAAAACAAAUUCAAUAUUAAUUGAAUAUUAAAUAAACUACAGUGAAAUUCAGACUUAAUUCUUAAAUACGCAGAAAAUUUUAAAAAGGAUUCUAUAAAACGAUCUACUAACAAUCAAUAUAUUUCGAAAAAUCAAAGUCCAAUAUUUUGUCUUUAAAAAUAAAAGAUGAAAAAAGUCGAAAAUAACAUAAAUUGCAAAAAACUGAAUACACAACUUUUGAGAAAUCGCAAAAAACUGAUAGCACGAUUUUUGAGAAAUCGCAAAAAAAUUAAAAAGUCGACUUUUUUAUUUUAUCUAUAAACAAUUUUUAUGAAAAUUUUGUAAAAAUCCAACAAAUUUCAAAUUUUGUUUAAUUUUAAAAUCAACUUUUUUAUAAUUUUUUAAAAUUACUAGCAAAAGUUAAUAAUUUCGAUUUUUUUUGACAAAAAAUCUUUCUUUUUUACUUUGUUUGUUUUUAUAUGCAAAUUAAAUUAAGGAAGCUUUAAAACUUACUAAUUUAUGGAAUUUUAAAUUAAAAUUUAAUUAAGAAAAUAAAAAAAAACAACAAAACUUUUCUUUAAACGAGAAAGUUUUGUUAUUAUUUUAUUUAUUUAGCGUUUAUAGUUUGUUUUACCUAAACAAUUGACGUCAUCGCUCGACGACCCCAUUGUAGUUUUGCCUCUUUUUUUUGUUGACUUUGUUUAAAACAGAAGAUGAUGAACAAAAAAAAAAUAAUAAUAAUAAAUUUGUUAUACAUGUAGUAGUAGUGAGUAAUAGUGUAAAAUAAGUGUAUUUGUUAGAUGAAAUUAAAAUGGUCUUUGUUUAAUAUUUUAACAAUAUUUGCAAAAAAAAAACACACACAAUAAUACAAACACUUUUUUCAAACGCGUUGCCAUAUUGUUAACACUUUUUUUAAUAACACUUCAAUCUCAUAUUUGUAAACAAA